UGUAAUUCGUAAACGCUGAUGUGUUACCUUCAUUGAGAUCUCGUUACAGUUGAACUUCAAGCCUGUGUUUGGUAUAACAGUCCAUCUAAAUUGCUCGAAUACUGUACAAGUCGAUGUCAAAAAAGGACCUACUACGCGUACGUGAAGGGAACAGCAGCACAGGGUUAAGGAACUAAUGGCGCCCAAAGGUAAGGUCGGCACUAAAGGCAAGAAGCAAAUCUACGAGGAGAAUGAGGAGACACUCAAGUUCUACACCAGAGUAAUCUUGGGAGCUAACGCGAUAUACACUGCGUUAAACCUCUUGGUCUUCUAUAGCUCUUCAACGUUUUGGACAUGGUUUGCAAUGGUGUUUGCCCUGGCAGUGUAUGUGGGCAGUUACCGCUCCAUGACUGCCAUGGCCAAAGCAGUGUUUGGUGAGGAUGGGAGUCUGCUGGACGGAGGAAUAGAUCUGAACAUGGAGCAGGGGAUGGCAGAGCAUCUGAAGGAUGUUAUCCUGCUAACUGCCAUAGUACAAGUGCUCAGCACCAUCUCCUCCUACUUCUGGUACCUUUGGCUACUGGCCCCGGCCCGUGCAAUGUUCCUGCUGUGGGUCAACUUCCUAAGCCCCUGGUUUUCGGCCGAGAACUCUGGUGCCGCCCCAGAGGAGGUGAAUGAGAAGAAGCAGAGACGACAGGAGCGCAGACAGAUGAAGAGAUUCUAACUUGGCAGACUGUCGCAUUAUUUCUAUACACAGAAUGAAUCUAAAUACAGACAGCCAGGAACUCUACAGUUAAGUUAUUCAGGAGGAGCUUUUGAUGUGUGCUCAGACGUCCAGGUAUGGAUAAAGAACUGAACCGGACCCUGGGGGUUAUCUGGUUUUCCUCUCGCUCCCUAUCCCUUCAUCCUUCCCUUUCUUCCUCGCCCCUCUAUCCUUAUCCCUCUUUCUUUACAUCUGGAGAGGAAAUCGUCCUUGUUGGGCUGAUGUCAUCAUCAUCACCAAUACAUGUUGUCAUAUACCUUGGCCUGUAAUUUGUAUUUACAUGCAAUUGUUCAUAAUCUAGGUCUAUGUAUCACAUCAAUUUCAUAUGAACUAGUGAAAAGGAUGUGGUGAUUUUACCCUAUGGCAGGCCUUUUAUUUUAGACACUGCUCAUCAGAUCUCACUCUCAUUGCCCAAUUCCAAAUAGACCACUAGCAACUACCACCUAGGUGCUAAUCUAGACCAAGGGGGAACUAUUACCUAACUUUUACAGCUAUUUAUUUCAGAUCUACAUGAAGUGCCUAGGGUUAGGGGCUAGGUGUUGAUUUGGAAUUGGGCCUAUGUGACGAAGGUUGAAAUUAAAUCCGAUUCUGCUUUGUCCGCAAUGCACAGUUUAAAGGCAAUGUUCUCGCAGAGACUACAUUCACUGUUAGUGCUGCAUAUGUCGGCUCAAUCGGAAAUGACUUGCACUGAACAAAAAUAUCAACGCAACAUGUAAAGUGUUGGUC